CACUAGAGACCGGAAGUGAGUGUAUCUCGCGUGGUCGCGGCACGAGGAGUUCGAGGAGGGCGCGAGCGUUAUGGGGAGGCCCAGCAAAACUAAGAACCAAAAGAAGGAGCGGACAGUUGCCCAGCAUCGAUCUCAGGAGGAAUAUGGCUCUGUGCCUCACUCCUUUGUUUUUCAUCGUGGUCGUAUUGGCAAGAAUAUACAGCAGCUCAUCCUGGAUGUUCGGCGAGUGAUGGAACCCUACACUGCUGCCAGCCUCAAGGUACGGAAGAAGAAUUCUUUGAAAGAUUUUGUGACAAUAGCUGGACCUCUGGGUGUAACUCACUUCCUGGUCUUUACAAAAAACCCCACCAGCAUCAACCUUAGACUCCUGCGCCUCCCUGGUGGACCAACCCUGACCUUCAGAGUCACUCAGUAUUCACUCAUCAAAGAUGUUGUGUCAUCUCUGAAGCGGCACCGGAUGCAUGAGCAACAGUUUACCCAUCCUCCUCUCCUAGUGCUCAACAACUUUGGCAUUCAGGGCAUGCACAUCAAGGUCAUGGCCACUAUGUUCCAGAACAUGUUUCCUUCCAUCAAUGUCCACAAGGUCAGUUUAAAUACCAUCAAACGCUGUGUACUGGUCAAUUAUAAUCCAGACACUCAGAUAAUGGAAUUCCGUCACUACAGCCUGAAAGUGGUGCCAGUAGGCAUGAGCAAAGGGCUGAAGAAGCUCCUACAAGAAAAAUUCCCUAACAUGAGCCGCCUGGAGGACAUCAGUGAACUGUUGAUUAGAGACAUCAAUCUCUCUGAGAGCGAAGCUGAGCAAGAUGGCAGUCACAAUAUCACAGAGCUGCCUCAGGCCUGCGCUGGUCGUGGGAACAUGAAGGCCCAGCAGAGUGCAGUCCGACUCACUGAGAUUGGCCCUCGCAUGACGUUGCAGCUCAUCAAGGUGGAAGAAGGACUAAGUCAAGGCAAUGUACUCUAUCAUAGCUUCAUUCACAAGACUGAAGAAGAGAUUCGAGAAGCCCUGGCCAGAAAAGAGGAAAAACUGCAGCUCAAGGCUCGGCGGCGCCAGAAGCAAGAGGCAGACGUGGCCCGCAAAAAAGUGCUAAAGCAGGCUCACCGGAAGAAGAGCCUGGUAGGGAUGAAGAGGAAGACGGAGCAAGUGGCAGGGGGAGACAGCGAUGCUGAGGACCCUGGGAUGCAGGAGCAGCAAAAUGUGGAAGAACCCUCUGACAAUGACGUGGAAUAUUACCGCCAGGAAGUGGGGGAAGAGCCGGAUGAAGAUCUGUUCCUCCAAAGCACAAAGAGGAAACAAAGGUUCGGCCAAUCCACCACACCCAGGAAGAAAUGCAAAUAUGUGCCUUCAGGGGGAGAUCAGAGUCUAGAGCGUGUGGGAGCCAGCGCCACGAUGAAACACAGGAAGGCCUCACAGUCUGGGCAGCAAAGGCAGCCACAGAGAGACUCUCCUCAACAGCACAAGGGAAUGCUGAGACAGCAGCAGAGGAAUACAAAGCAGCACAGGAGGCCACAGAAUAUGAAGCGGAAGCAACCCCAGGCUGCAGGACAGCCCAGAGCCAAAAGUCAGACUGGCUUUAGGUCUCUGGGACCACGAUGGCAGGGUAGAUCUCGCCUGAGGCAGAAGCAGGCCUUCAGAGGAAAAAGCACCUUCCGAAAGCCAGGGCAUUCGAGGAAGCCAAAGUCAGCAUAAUGUCCUGAACCUCUUGCAUGGUCUUUGUGAUGUACUGGUUGUUUGUAAAAUAUAUAUUGACUCCC